AUGGAAAGACGGGUUUUGAUCGCCGCGGCUCUCGCAGCUCUCCUCUGUCUAGCGCCCUUCGCGCCGCGUGUUGCGGAGGCGGCAGUUGCGCGUCCGACAAAGGCGCAGCUGAAGGCGGAGCUGGGGAAGCUGGCGGACAGCGUGGCGAAGAAAUACCCGCAGUACUCGAGUUACACAAAGACGGUCAAAAAAUAUAUUGGUCUCGCGUUAAAUUCCAAGUAUGACCUAUCAGCGCUCGCCAACGCGACCAUCCUCAUCCCCACUAACACCGAGGCGGAAGCCCUCCUUAAGAAGCUCCCCUUUAAGGCGGCCAACAUCCCUAAAAUCUACAACAUCACCGCCUUCCACAUCUUACGCAUAAAACGCUUUCUGCCGCAGUUCAAAGCGCUGAAGCCAGGGCAGGCCGUGGGUACUCAAUUGAAGCAGGCUCUUUACAAGAUGAAUCCGUUAAACGGAGCAAGAGUGUCUUUUGGGAAGGCGAGAACUGCACCAGCAGCUGCAUGGACUACGAUUCUGACUCCAAGGAUUUAUACUGGGCCGUAUUUUGUCGCGCAUGGCGUGAACAAAAUAUUGAUCCCGUCUGGCACCAGGGUGUGA